UUAUAGAGUACUGAAACAAGAAGUCUCAAAGCUGGACUACUUCUUUCUCUUUCUUUUUUGCUCUUUUAUCUUCUUUACUCCGCCCAAAUCGCCACCAUUUUUUACCUCUGGGACUGAGUUACAGACCGCAAAGAACAGAAUGAGCAAGUGUUAAUCUCUUUUCUUAUAGGGUUUUGUUUCGAUAAUGAAGACGAUGACGGAGAAGAGCAUUGUCGACUCACCUCCCCGUUUACACACGGACGCUUCUCAACAGCCGAGUCUCAAAGAUAUGCAUGGAUCUGACAAUUCUAUUGCUUUUUCACCUCAGUGGCUUCAGUCGAAGGAAUAUCAUACAAGUCCGUUUCAUGGAGAACGGAUAACUUCCGUAAGAGGGCCAGGAAAUGUUGAAGAUUCCCAUGAGGUCAGAAAGAGAAAAGAUGUUUACAAGCAUGUUUUACAUGAUUCAGAAAUUGGAUGCCGGGAUCGUUGGCGUGAUGAAGAAAGGGAAACAAAUUCAACUGUUCACCGAGACCAUAGGGGAGAACGUUGGCUUGACAAUUCCAUGCGACACUCGGGAGAACGUCGCAACCACUCUGAGCGUUGGAGUGAAUCAGGAAAUAGGGAAAGUAGUUUUGAUCAACGACGUGAGAGCAAAUGGAGCACAAGUUGGGGUCGUGAUGAUAAGGAAUCAGAGUCUAGCAAAGAUGGCCAGGGACCACAGGAAAGAUUAAUGUCUCGUCUUACCAGCCAUGGAAGAGAUACAGAUAAAGAUGGUGAAAUUUACCCUCGUUCAUGGAGAUCAAACUCUUCCAUGGCUCGAGUAAAGACAGAACCAUCUUAUCAGCAAUCUAUCCCACACAAGCAAAUCCAUAUGUUUGGUUAUGGCCGUGGGAAAGGGGAGAAUGUGUCACAACUUUCACCUUCUGGUCGUGGCAGUUUUAACUCCAACAAUGCUAGUACUGUUAUUCAUCACCCUCAUCAUUUGGGGACUUUCUCAGCUAAGUCUGGUUUGCAAACAGGAUCAUCUCUUCUAAGAUAUAGUCGGAUGAAGCUACUUGACAUAUACAGGAUGACUGAUAUAAGAAGCCACAGGGUAUCUAUUGAUGGAAUUAUGGAUGCUCCUUCUCUGACACGAUCUGAGCUGCUGGAACCUCUGGCACUUGCGGCUCCUUCUAUUGAAGAAUUGGUAAUCUUGAAAGCCAUAGAAAAAGGAGAGGUUGCAAGUAGUGGUGUACCUCAGGUCUCUAAAGAAGGCAGUGGCGGAAGAAAUGAUGUUGAAUCGGUUAUGUCAAAGCAGAUGAAACUAGGCACUGAUGAAGAUUUGCAAUGUAUUGGAGGUGAAUACAAACUAGAGGGCAGUGAAAGAAAUCCAGAUAUUGAGCCAGCUCGAUGGAGAUCUCAAUCUGAAGCUAUCUCAAGCUGGCCGUCCACUGAUUUGAAAGAUAAUCCUGCUGCACUUGGAGCAAAGUCAUCUGAGUUCGACUGGUCUCAUUUAUCAGACGAUGUAGAUAAUGAGACAACUACUGCUUCUGUUUCCUCUUCUUUUUGUAAAGAUGAUUGGCAAAACAAUCAACGUGGUCAUGUACAGAAAAGAAGAAAUCCCAAAAAUAGAAGUUAUGCAUCAGAAUUUUCUGACAGUGAACGGACUGCUAGCCCUUAUUUUGCUCGGGAGGAUUCUCUUCUUGCCAGGGAUAAGCCUGCUGGUAGACAUUUUGAACCGCUUCCAUCUCCAGAAGAGCUUUCCCUUUAUUACAGAGAUCCACACGGUCGGGUCCAGGGUCCUUUUUCUGGAAGUGAUCUAAUUGGAUGGUUUGAGGCUGGGUAUUUUGGUAUUGACUUGGAAGUUCGCCCUGCAAGUGCUCCCUCAGAGGCUCCUUUCUUGUUACUUGGGGAUGUUAUACCACAGUUGCGACAGAAGGUUAGGCCGCCACCUGGAUUUCGUUUGGCUAAACAGAACGGAAUUCUGGAGAUGCCCAACAUGGAUAAGACUGGAAGCACUGUGCUUAGCACCCAUUCUUGUUUAUUUGGGUCUGAACCUUCUAAGAACGUGCAAAGGAGUGGCAUUUAUGUUUCUACUGAAGCAAAUAAUCCAUCUGUGGAGAGUCUUAGUGAAGGAAUGCAUGGCCGUGGUGUGCAUGGUCCUGGGUAUUCACCUGCAAUUAUGGGAGAAAGUGGGAAUGGUGUGAACUAUCUACUUGCCCAGACGAGCUUAUUAGAGCAGCAGCAGAAUGCCCUACCUUGUUCUCUUUCUCUUUUAUCUGGGAGAGACUCCUCCCCAAUGGCUUCGACUGGAUUUAUCUCAAAUUCACCUGAAUCAUAUUCAAAAUUUAUUUCUCACAUAGGUGACCCUUCGUUUCAAGCUUCCCAAGUCUCCCAAGCCUCACGACAAUUGGACUUGCUAUCUCUACUUCAGGCAGGACAUGCAGAUAAACCUUCUUCACUUAGUUCUGGGGCAUCUGCCUGGUCCGAUCUUCAUGAUGCCCGAGCUCUGAACAACAAUGGUCAUGUUGGUUUAGAAACUCUGCAAAAUAAGUUGGAUGUUCAUCAAAAUCAGCAUCUUGGUUCACAAGUCGGGUUUGUAGUGCAGCAGCAGCUGCAACCUCCGAAUUUGCCAUCAUUGCCUCAUUUAGUUAACCAACCUGCAAAUCUUUCAGGCAUAUUAUCUCCUCAACAGUUGCGUUCUACAGAUAUAACACAAGAUACUCAAAUGCUAAAUGUGCUUGCACAGCAUUACCUAAUGUCCCAGGCUCCUAUGCAUUCUCAGGUUUCUAUGUCAUCACAACUCUCUUUGUUUAAUGAAUGCUUGCUGCUCAAACAGCAGCUGCAGCAACAGCAACAGCAACUACUGCUGCAGCAACAGCAUCUUUUGUUUUCUCAAGUCCUUUCUGGUCAUCAGUCUAGUCCGCAUCUUGGUGAGCCUUCUCAGAAAUUGUAUUCGACUGUUCCAAUGGGAGAUGUUCCAUCUGAUCAUUCUCUGCUACGACAAGGCUCAGAGGCCCACAUUAAUCAGAAGAUACUGGCAGAUAAUAUUCAUGAUGGACAUAAUUCUACUAUUCAAACAAUAAAUUCUCAGGAUAGAGAUAACAUAAAUAAUUCAUCCUUUUCUGGACCUACCUUAUUGCAGUUACCACAUCAACUAUUUGAAAUUGCUUUACCUUCAAUAAAACAUGAAAGUACUCAAGAUGUUGGUGAUAAUGGCGCGGCAGAAGUUUCCCUUGCAUCAGGACUAGUUUUGACUUCACCAAUCUCUGAUGCAUUGGAGAAGCCUGUUGAAGCUUUUAAUUCCUUAGAUGACGCCCUUAAUCUAAAUUGCCAUGCAAAGGAACCCAAGUUAUCAAUGCCUCAGUGUAGUGAAUUUAUUCCUUCAGAAUGUUCAGUAUUGUCACAGGAAGCUUCAUGUACUUCUGGGUCUGUAUCCAUUCAUGAUGUAAAACUUUCCUCAGGUGAUGUUGUUCUUGAACAAACUCAUUCUGAUGUUUCUGCAGCAAAAGAUUUAAAAAAUCUGGAAACAUGUCAGACAAAGAAAAGUGCAGAAAAGAAAGCACGAAAAAAGAAAAAUUCCAAGUCACAAUUGGCUUUGGACCUUCUAAAGGGAUUAUCCAAUGUAAAUCAGUUGGAGCAGCCUAAAUCAAUGUUUGAUAAAGAGAAUUCAAAGUCCCGUGAUACAUCACAGGCUCAGACAGACUUAUUGAAGCAGCUUUAUGAUUUGGCAUCUGCUGCUGUUGAGGACAGUUCUAAUGGAUCUCCUUUCAAACAUGUGGAUUAUUUGAAAUCUCAUCUUCCAGCUUCGGUUACUGAUAAAGAAGUUGAAAGCUCAAAUAAGAAAGCUGAGUGUGUAGAAGAAGUUGAAAGCUCAAAUAAGAAAGCUGAGUGCGUAGAUGGUGGCAUCUCUGAGUUGUCAUGCCUUCGAGCCUGGAAAUCUGCUCCUGGGAUUAAGGUAAAAUCACUAAAAGAAAUCCAACAAGAGGAACAACAAAGGGUUCAAAUGGAAAAAAUGGCAUCUGAGACAGAGAUUAUCCCUUCUAGCUGUCAAGUAUCAGUACCCUGGGCUGGAAUUGUUGGUAGUUUUGAUCAUAAUUCUGGUGGAGCUAUUGUACACGUUGAUAGCAAUGCAGAGUACAUAAGAUCUAACAGUAAUUUGAGUUCAAAAAGCAGGAAAAGCCAUCUUCAUGAUUUGUUGGCAGAAGAAGUCCUGGCUCAGUCAAGCGAGGGUGAUGCUAUUCUUUCCAGAGACAACAAAGGGCAGCUUUUACCGCCCGUUCUAUCAGUUCCUACCUUACUUGAUACAGCAGCUGUUAAUGAUGGAAAUCUUUCCAGAGAUGACAAAGGGCAACUUUUGCCGGCUGUUGUAUCGGCCGCUACCUUAGUUGAUGCAGCAGCUGUUAAUGAUGAAGAUUUUAUUGAGGCCAAAGACUCCAAAAAGGGUCGAAAAAAGGGGUCCAAGGCAAAAGUUUCUGGAGCUAAGUGCCCUUCAUCAGUUACUUCGGUUGAUAUUUCCUCUUCUUCCAUAGCUGCUGAAAGGCAGAAAAGUCAGAAUCAGGCACAGAAGGACAAGGAAGUGUUACCAGCUCCACUGACUGCUUCCCUAGCAGAUUUUGUUUCCUGGAAGGGAGAACCAGCAAACUUCUCACAAGCACCAGCUUGGUCCAUGGAUAUGGGCAAACUGCACAAACCUACUUCUCUGAGAGAUAUUCAGAAAGAGCAGGGAAAUAAAUUAUCUGCGCAGCAGAAUGUUCCUAUACCCACUCCAACAAAAAUGCAAUCUAAUAGGGGAAACAGUGGUUCUAGUUCUUGGCAGGUUCCUGGAUCAUCUCCCUCUAUUGGUAUCUCUCCCAUGCGGAGCACCACAUUUGCAUCCAGGCAAUUGAAACCUAAAUUAGAAGAUGAUCUAUUUUGGGAUCCUGUUGAUCAGUCACAGCAACAAAUAGAACAGUCUGAUUUCCCAUCCCUUAGAAAUUCUAACAAUAGGGGUGUAAAAACUCCUGCAAGAACUGAUCCAAUAGCAAUUACUCGGCAAAAGUCAUCCAACAGCAAGCCUGCAGGGUAUAGUCCUGCUUCCUCUGCAUCUGGUUUGUCAGCUUCUAGGGGCAAGAAGGAUGAUGGACCUAGCAAUCUUUCAGAGGCUAUGGGCUUCAGAGAUUGGUGUGACACAGAACUGAUCAGGCUCACUGGGACAAAUGAUACCAGCUUCCUGGAAUACUGCUUGAAUCAAUCCACCACUGAAGCUGAAGUGCUUCUUAAAGAAAACCUUGGCUCCUUGGAUCCCAAAUACGAGUUCAUAGAUAAAUUCCUUAGUUACAAAGACUUCUUAUCCUCAAAAGUAAUUGAAAUGGCAUUUCGAUCUAAUGACAGCCCUGGUAAUGGAGAUUCUGGUUCUGCUAUGGAUUUUGAUGCCGAUGCACAGGUUGUUAAGGUAGGGAGCAAGAAAGGGAGGAAAGGGAAGAAAGUGAGUGCUGCGGUGCUGAAUUUUAACGUUGUUAGCAAUCGAAUAAUGAAGGGUGAUAUUCAGACCGUUGAGGAUUAGCUGAAGACUAAAGCUUCUUAAAGGCUUUAGCAAUGUACAUACAUUUUCAGGAUUAUCAUCUGUAAAUGUUCUUAAUGACCAUUUUGAUUACAUUUGUUCUUCGUUUUUUGUUCUGCUUUAGGGUUUAGGGGCAGCUCAAUCGGUUUUGUUUGAAGAAACUGAUGGUGUCAUGGGAUUUUGUGGAAUAGGCCUACCUUUCCAUGUCUUACUUGCUAAUCUGAUAGUUUUAAUGGCGUUUUACCCUAAUAAAUUUAUUUCAGAUUUAUGA